AUGGCUCAAUCUAUUUGGAUGUUUAUUGGUUGCAUUGUUCUUUUUGGUAUUGCAGGAUGUGAUUUUUUGAAAUUUGUUACUGAACAAUCUAGUGGAAUUGGUGUUGAUAUUGCCCUUAUUAUUACUGGUGUUAUUGGCCUUUUAUACUGUCUAUCUGUUGACACAGAUGAAAAAGGAAAAAGGAGUCUAAAAAGGAUUCGUUUAACACGUAGAGAAGAAGAAAUUUUAUAUCAUCUUUAUGGUUUAAAGUAUAAUAGCAAAGUCCUCAAUAAAGAUACAUCUGAGAAUAAUAAUACU